AGGUAAGGAUUUUUGCUUUUAAAUCCCAAACAAUUCUCAUAUUGUAUUUUAUAGCUUCGACAUCAUCAUCAUCACCAUCAUCCACGCGCCAUUGUACGCAGUGUAACUUGACCAUUCCUGCAAAGAGAUGGCAAGGACACUUGCGUACUUUGGCUCACCGCCAAAAAUGCAGCGUGGUGCAGGAGCCAGGAGUAGAAAUGAUACAGACCUCCUUCCGUAACCGCAUAGCUACAUACCGUCUGGCGUCCACCGUUAACCCUACCGACGUUAAGGGCUUCUUGGACCACCUUAGGUCCAAAAUCCUUACGUUGGUAGAGUCGAACGUCCGACGCUACGGCAACGUAAAAGUCGGUAUGGAGCUAUUCGGAAACUUCCUCUUGCAGACGAAGGAACAAGAGGAGGUCAAGUCCUUCAAUAGCAAAUAUCGGCUGGUGAGCGGAAACACCGAUCUGGAGGAGCUGUACGUCCAGUUCGUCGACAUCUUGGCUACCAAAGCGUCCGAGGUUCAGGAAAGGGACAGCGGAACUCCUCCAUUUAGAAAUAGGGAUUAACAAGUACAAUCCCCUAAGGGCGUCGUCCUAUGUUAGCCUGCCCAAGGAAAUCGAAGCCAAAAAAGCUGUUUUGAACUUGCAAAAUACGGACGAAAAAUGCUUUAUGUGGUCGAUCUUGGCUGCUCUCCACCCAAUUCACUGGACAAAUAACGCUAACAGGGUCAGUAGCUAUGUAGAGUUUCAGAACGAGCUGAAUUUUACAGGUAUCGAUUUUCCCGUUAAACUUAACGACAUCCACUUUUGAACGACUUAAUGAAAUUUCGGUCAAUGUCUAUGGCCUCGAGAGAGUCUAUAACAAAAUCCAUAAUGAUGUUGAGGUCGUUGGUCCUUUGCAUUUUACUGAAUCUCGUAAAGAGAGACAUGUAAACCUCUUAUUAAUUAGUAAUGACCAAUGAGAAAAUCAUUAUUGUUUAAUAAGAAGUAUGUCUCGGUUGGUUUCAAAACAAUUAACUAAAAGGUCCACUACAAAGUUUUUAUGCGAUGGGUGUUUGGUUUAUUUUUAUAACGAAGAAAAACUAAAGCGUCAUAAAGAACACGACUGCACUCACAUUUCCAUCAAACUUCCGACCACCGAAUUGCGCAAGGAUAAAUACGGUAAAGAUGUUCCCGCGAAUAAGCUGAAAUUUGAAGAAUUUGAAAAGAAAUUAAAAGUGCCUUUUGUUGUGUACGCGGACUUUGAAACAGUCAUGACUCCUUUACAGGUGGGAGGCGAACCGAAUCCCGACAAAUCGUUUACCGUCAAAAUUCAUAUUCACGAGCCUUACUCUUUCGCCUACUAUGUCAAAUGUAACUUUGACGAUUCCCAGUCUACUUUUAAACAGUACAGAGGUCGGGGCGCACACAAAAUUUUCAUGGAAUGGUUGGAGAGCGAUUGCAAAGCGCUCUACAACAAGUUCAUGAAAACUUCCGUGUCCAUGACCACUCUAUCGUUUGAACAAGAGACCGGCUUUCGAAACGCUGCCGCUUGUCACAUUUGCGAGAAGCUACUUAAUGCAGAGGACGAAAAAGUAAGGGAUUAUUGUCAUAUGCCGGGCGAAUUUCGAGGUGCGGCUCACUCCACUUGCAACUUGAAUUUCAAAGUUCCGGGCACAUCCCUGUCUUUUUUCACCAUUUUGGUUUCGACAGUCAUUUAUUUGUAA